UAGGAUUGACAUGGCCUCAGCUCCUUCUGUGACUAGCCUCGCAGAUGAGGUCAACUGCCCCAUCUGCCAGGGCACCCUAAGGGAGCCAGUCACCAUUGACUGUGGCCACAACUUCUGUCGAGGCUGCCUCACUCGCUACUGUGAGAUCCCGGGCCCAGAAUCGGAGGAGUCCCUCAGCUGCCCACUCUGCAAAGAGCCUUUCCGCCCAGGGAGCUUUCGGCCCAACUGGCAGCUAGCCAGUGUGGUAGAGAACAUCGAACGCCUUCAGCUGGCAUCCACGCGAGGCCCGGAGGUGGAGGAUGCCUGUCCCGAACACGGGGAGAAAGUCUACUUCUUCUGCGAGGAGGAUGAGGCACAGCUGUGUGUGGUGUGCCGUGAGGCUGGACAGCAUAGGACUCACACUGUGCGCUUCCUGGAGGAUGCAGCAGGUCCCUACAGGGAACAAAUACAGAAGUGUCUUAUGUGUCUAAGGAAAGAGAGAGAGGAGAUUCAAGAAAUCCAAUCAAGAGAAAACAAAAGAAUACAAGUGCUCCUGACUCAGGUGGCCACCAAGAGACAACAGGUGAUUUCCCAGUUUGCACAUCUGAGCCGGUUCCUAGAGGAACAACAGAAUGUCCUUUUAGCACAGCUGGAGAGGUUAGAUGGGGACAUCCUGAAGCAACAGGAAGAGUUUGAUUCCCUGGCCACAGGGGAAAUCUGUCGGUUCAGCGCCCUGAUCGAGGAGCUGGAGGAGAAGAACACUCGGCCAGCAAGGGGCCUCCUGAUGGAUAUCAGAAGCACUCUAAUAAGAUGUGAAACUAGAAAGUGCCGGAAACCCGAGGCUAUAUCUCCAGAGCUGGGCCAGAGGAUCCGGGACUUCCCCCAACAGGCCAUCCCUCUGCAGCAGGAGAUGAAGACAUUUCUGGAAAAACUCUGCUUUGAGUUGGACUAUGAGCCAGCCCACGUUGCUCUAGACCCCCAGACUUCCCACCCCAAGCUCCUCCUGUCCGAAGAUCACCGGAGGGCUCGGUUCUCCUACAAAUGGCAGAACUCACCGGACACUCCGCAGCGUUUCGAUCGGGCCACCUGUGUCCUGGCCCAGCGUGGCUUUACAGGAGGGAGGCACACGUGGGUGGUGAGUGUAGACUUGGCCCACGGAGGCAGCUGUACGGUAGGGGUGGUGAGAGAGGACGUGCGGAGGAAAGGAGAGCUGCGGCUGAGACCGGAGGAAGGAAUCUGGGCCGUGAGACUGGCUUGGGGCUUUGUCUCCGCUCUGGGCUCCUUCCCCACAAGGCUGGCCCUAGAGGAGCAACCCCGGAAGGUGCAGGUAUCGCUUGACUAUGAGGUAGGCUGGGUGACUUUUGCCAAUGCUGUCACCCAGGAACAUAUCUAUACCUUCACCGCCUCCUUCACUCGGGAGAUCUUUCCCUUGUUUGGACUCUGGGGCAGAGGGUCCAGUUUUUCCCUGAGCUGUCGAGAAGGUGCGGUUUCCCUCCUCUGA